UGCUCAGAAGGCGGAGCGGCAGCAUGGCGGCGGCGCGGGCGCUGUUGCGGCCCGUCCUGCCCGCCCCGCAGGGCUGCGGCCGGCUCUGGGCGCGGACGGGGAGCGCGGCCGUCCCCCCUCCUCGUGGCGCCUCGCCGGGCGCGCGGAGCCCCUUCGACCGGCGGCUGAAGCGGAAGCAGAAGAACUGGGCGGCGCUGCGGCCGCGGCCGGCCGAGUGCGAGUACCUGCGGGACGAGGUCGGCGGCGGCGUGGCGGACCGGGUGCUCGACAUCCCCAGGACGUUCCGUCUGGCUUUGGACCUCGGCUCCGGGAGAGGUUACAUCGCCCGGCACCUGAACCGGGAGGUCGUUGAAAAACUCGUUCAGGUCGAUAUUGCGGAGAAUGUUUUCAAAAACGCUGUGGAGUCCGAAAUCCCUACAGUCAGCGUGGUCGCUGAUGAGGAGUUCCUGCCUUUCAAAGAAGACACGUUUGAUCUUGUUGUGAGCAGCUUGAGUUUACACUGGGUGAACGACCUUCCUAAAGCUUUUAGAGAGAUACACCAAGUUCUUAAGCCAGAUGGAGUCUUCAUUGGCGCAAUGUUUGGGGGAGACACUCUGUAUGAGCUUCGCUGCUCUUUGCAGCUAGCAGAAUUGGAGAGAGAAGGGGGAUUUUCUCCUCAUGUGUCACCGUUUGUUGCUGUGUCAGAUUUGGGACAUCUCCUGUCAAGAGCUGGGUUUAACACACUGACUGUGGAUACUGAUGAAAUUCAAGUAAACUAUCCAGGGUUAUUUGAGGUUAUGGAAGACUUGCAAGCUAAAAAAAUGUUUUUAGGUAUGGGAGAAAGUAAUUGCUCUUGGAAUAGAAAACCUCUGCUACACAGGGAUACAAUGUUGGCAGCUGCAGCAAUAUACCAAGAGAUGUAUGGCAAUAGUGAUGGCUCAGUACCUGCCACUUUUCAGAUCUUCUACAUGAUUGGAUGGAAAUUCCACGAGUCACAGGCAAAACCUGCACAGAGAGGUUCUGCGACAGUUUCAUUGGGAGAUCUGGCAAAAAUAGAUAAACUUCUUCAUCAGAAAUAAAAGUUGAUUUUGAGCUCCUAUAAAACUUGUCAGUGCAGGUCUCCUUCACGUACUUUGUUACAUUUUGAAGUGAUAAUCUGCAUGCAGCAGGGAAUUUUAGUGCCUCUGCUACAUCAGUUGUAUAAAAUGAUGUUCAUUUUUUUCCUCCCAGAGAAGUAUUUGAGCAGCAGUUCUAAGUAUUAAGUAGUACAUGCUCUCCCUAUUUGAUUAAGUUACUCAGUUUUAACUCAUUUCCCAGUAUUUCAGUAGCACAGACUGCUCCAAGUAUUAUUGGCUAGUCUUGUGUAUAUCACUCCGUAUUAUCUUCAAAUUAUUCCUAAAGGAUGGUGGAUCAUAAUAAACAGAUUUGUCACUAAGUACUGUUCUUCAUGUGAACAUCAAAUGCAGCAUCAUCAAAUACAUACAUCAGCAAAUACACAGAUCUAACUUGAUAUGUUUUUUGCUAUUUGGAAAUGAUGGGUGAAAAUAUACUGUCAGCUUUCGUUUCAAUGUUUAACUUGUAUAAAACUAAGUCACUAAGUUCUGUACUGUAAAAUAAUCUUGAGUUGUUACUUUUCACCUGCAAACAAAUUCAGUUACUUCUCCCUCCACUUGCAAAGACAGAAGUCAUUAUUUCUGUACAUAAGUAAGAAUAUCCACAUAUCAGUAUCAGAAUACUGAUACUUCAUUCCAGCUUUAUCAGAAUCUAUCACAGUUUGAGUAAGUUUGCAGAAAAGAGUAGCAAGCAGAGAAUUCAAGUGGCACACAGAUGGGCUUCACCUUCAUUAGAGUUAUAGAGUCAUGAACAUUGGAAAAGGCCACUAAGACCAUUUAGUGCAACUAUCAAACCAUCACUACCAUAGCUUACAAUUGACAUUCUCUGGAGUUGGUAUUCUCUCAGAGUUGCAAGGGACUUUAUGCCAGUUGUACAUCUACUUUUAGAGGCUGAAAGCUGGGGAGUAUUAUGAGUGGCCCAUUAACCUGACACGUUAAUAAAGACAUAGUUUACCAAAUAAUUUCAUUUGAUUGUAGUACUGACAGAUUGGUGGGAAGGAGAAGUGUGAAAACUAAGUCUAUCAUUCAAACAACUUUAUUGCUGUAUCUAGGUGGUGUAUUGACACCAAUAAAGCUUCUUCAGCCUGCUGUGUGGAGAUCAUCCAGCAGGUGGAGUUCGAUAGGAUGGUGUGCACAGUCCAAAUAGGAAAGUAGUGAGAAGCCUUAAUAUUAGUAUAGUAAUGACAGCACGUGUUUGCAGAACAAGUAGCACAGCUACUAACUGUCUUCUAUGCAAGGCCCAUCCACCCUGAGACCCCCCACCAAGCAAUAGCUAGCUAUCACAGCAGUUCCACUCUAAAUGGUGCUCACAGGAAUGAAAGUGGACAUUCACCUAGAACUCUCUAAAGCCUGAAGUUACAGUCAGUAAC